GGACAACUGAAAAUUGCCGAGGCCCUUUCACUAUCCUACCGUGGCUUGCCUGGGAAAUACCUGGCUGUGCUUUGACAAGCGACAACGGCACUUCUAUAUAAGGAAUGUAGGCAUCAAGCCUUAAACCUGGAUUCAAAAUCUCAUGCAUGUCGAAGAAGACUAGCUUAGAAUUUGGGCCUAAUAGUUCGCGAACGCUGGCAACUACUCAAAUAUACUUGCACAUGGGCGAUGGCUUCUGAUGAGGGUAGCGCAUCCCAAAGAGCGCGCGAACGCGUACAGCAAGUCUCAUCUCACCUCGCACACUUGUCAGACCCCAAAGAUGAUGUGGUUCGAUCCCCUACACGUCGGCGAAGGAAACAAGCUACCGCCCCAGCUGGACCCCCAGCUGAUUAUUCCGACCGGCUUGGCCAGAUAAAGACGCUUGAGACACUAGCUCGCACGCCUGACAUCAACCACCGAGGGUACGCGCGGCAGAAGAAAGCUGGCAAGCUUUGGGUUCGGGAACGUGUCGAAGCUCUCCUUGAUGAGGGGAGCCUGCAGGAAAUUGGAAGCGUCGCUGGCGACGUGAUUUGGGGCAAGGCGAAGAACGAAUAUGGCACGGAGCAAGAAGUCGUCACUGCUUUCACCCCCAGCAAUAGUGUUCAGGGGUAUGGACACCUUAAUGGACGUAAGAUCGUCUUGACGGCUGACGAUUAUACUCUACGUGCCGGUCACGCCGAUGGUGCAUUGAUGGAGAAGACACUGUACAUUGAAAAGCUGGCUCUUUCUUUGCGACUUCCGAUUGUAAAACUAGUUGACGGGUCCUCGGGCGGCGGAAGCGUGACGAGCAUACGACAAUCGGGGUUCUCAUACAUUCCCCCGCUUCCUGCCUUUGAGCAGGUCAUUGCGCAGUUGAAUCUAGGCAUCCCAAAUCUCGGCGCCGUCCUUGGCCCGGCCAUCGGACUUGGUGCGGCUCGGGUGACGGCCUGCCAUUUUAGUGUCAUGGCGGCCAACGUUGGCUCACUAUUUAAUGCAGGACCUCACGUGGUCAAGGGUGUGACUUUCGAGGAUGGUCUGACAAUGGCUGAGCUGGGUGGUCCUGAUAUGCAUUGUCGCAAUGGUACGAUAGACAAUAUGGCUCACGAUGAGCACGAUGCAUUUGAGCAGAUACGCUGUGUUCUAAGCUAUCUACCUAACUCGGGCUUUUCUGCUCCAUCAGUGAUCAAGAGCGGUGAUGCCCCCGAUCGGCGCGAAGAUGCGCUUCGAAGUCUUAUACCAAGACGCAAGGAGCGCAUGUACGAUCCGCGACGGCUCAUAACACUAGUUCUAGACAACGGCUCAUUCUUCGAGAUCGGUGCGCUUUGGGGCACGACGGCCAUUGUAGGACUUGGGCGCCUGGAAGGCCACCCGAUUGGUAUCGUCUCAAACAACUGCGAAAGCCACACCGGAGGCGCUCUCGAUGCGCUAGGCUCCCAAAAGAUAACCAAGCACCUUAAACUCUGUGACGUCAUGAACUUACCCAUCCUUCAGUUUGUCGACGUGCCUGGUUAUGCUGUUGGCACGGCCGCCGAGCGAUCCGCGACGAUGCGCUAUGGGGUGAACCUGGCGAUGGCAUACUACACAACUACUAUGCCCGUAUUCAGCGUCGUGACUAGACGUGCUUAUGGUGUCGCAGGCGGUGUUAUGCUAGAUUGUCGCGACCCGCGUAUGCGUGUAGCAUGGCCGAGUGGUGACUGGGGAUCGCUACCGCUCAAAGGCGGUAUUGAAGCUGGUCACUCGCACGAGCUUAAAGAAGCGGCUAGGAAAGGCGGCCAAAAGAUGGCAGAUGAGUUAUACGCAAAGCUUGAAGCCGAGUACAACGGUCUGAUGAAUCCUGUAAGAACAGCAAAUGCGUUCGGCGUUGAGCAGAUCAUUGACCCUGCCGAUACCCGCCCAGUAGUCUGCAACUGGAUCUCCCAUGUUUAUGAAGAGCUCAUGGCAGAGAGGUUGGCUAAGCGGAGGGCCGGCACGCUACAUGCGUCUUUUGCAUGAUACCCAUUAUAAUAUUCUUCUCAAGGACACAAUCCAUGACGCCAUAUAUAUAAGCGUAUUGAACGAGUAUCACAUGCUCCAGAAAUGCUCUUUGUAUUUAAGUAGCAACAUUGGUAUACUCACCGCGGGUAUUGUCAA